AUGACUGUUCUCGUGACGGUCGGGGCGUGCUACAUUGACACAAUAAUAACAGUUGAUCAUUACCCCAGUGAAGAUGAGAAGCUGCGUGCGGCGAGUGUCUCACGACGACUCGGUGGGAACACCGCUAACUCACUGGUCGUCCUUCAGCAGCUACUUGAAUGCAGACCAAGCAUGGGUGUUCAACAAAUUCAUAUGCCCCUUUAUGCUGUGGCAGUGUUGCCUGCGAAAUCUUCGGCUGCCGUAAAGGUGGUUGAGGCCUCCUUGGCUCCGAAGGUUGACCUUCAGCACUGCAUAUACCGUGAGGCGUUCAGCGAGCCUGGGUCCAGUUAUAUCAUUCGGAGUCAGUCUUCUGGCACCAGGACAAUUGUCAACGACAAUCAACUUCCAGAAAUGACCAUCAAUGAGUUUACCCGAAUAGCAGAUAGUCUGCCCGCUGGUCCAAAAUGGUUUCAUUUUGAAGGCCGUAUACCAGAUGUGACUUUGCAGUGUAUACGACAUAUCCGUCAGAAUUUUCCUGCUGACAAGAUCAGUGUGGAGAUUGAAAAGCCAGGUCGUGCAGGUUUGCAAGAGUUAGCUGUCGAAGCAGACGUGGUCUUCUAUUCUAAAAGCUGGGCUCAGGGCCAUGGCUAUCAAUCGCCCGACGAUCUCUUGCAAGCACAAUCAUCAGUAACAUCUAAAUCUUCGAUCUUGUGCUGUACGUGGGGCGAAAAGGGAGCGGUAUGUCUCGACAAGCGCUGCAUGGAGUAUAUUCAUUCGCCCGCAUAUAUGGAUGCGAAAGUUCCAAUUGUUGACACGGUCGGGGCGGGCGACACUUUCAUCGCCGGCAUGCUGUAUGGAUUGAUUUGCCACGAGAGUGACUAUAGCCUUCAGAGAAUGAUGGCCUUCUCAAAUCGCCUUGCAGGACGAAAGAUUACUCAAGAAGGCUUUGAAGGGCUGGGGAAGUACAUGGCAGAGCAUCUGUAG